AAAGAUGAAGCCUUUUCGUACAAAGGCCCCUCCCUCCCUCUCCAUGUUACAAUGAUGGGGACCCCGGACCCGAACCCUCCGUGAACCUGGUCCACGGGCUCCCAACACAUAUACCCCGCCAUAAUAAAUUCUCGGAUGUAGCCCGAGGGGCAACCAACCCACUGUAGGGUGGGCCCGCCGUGCGCCGUGGUCCAUACGCCCGGUCCAUCGCUAAAUACUCGCUCGCGUGCUCGUACUCCUCCCUCCUCGAUCCCGGUAAUCACCACCACCGUGGCGUUCCGUUCGCGUCGCGCCGCGCUCGCGUUGCCUCCCCGCCCCGGCGCGAGCGAGCGAGCAAUCAAUGGCACCCACCAUGUCCGCCGCCAUCACCACCACCAUGCCCGGCGUGGCGGCCUCCUCGUACGUGCCCCGUCCUCGCCGAGCAGGCAGCAGCUAGCUAGCUAACCGCCCUCGCCGCGCGGUGUCCGUCCACACCCCCCCCCCCCCCCCCCCGGCGCCGCCGCCGCCGCGUUACGCCCGGGCGGCUGUACACUGCCCCCCUCCUCCCGCUUUAUUCAGCUGUGCUCGCGUCAGCGUCGCUCGUCGUGGUUUUGACCUCCGCCCCCUGACACGCGCAGGGCGCGCAGGGAGCUGCGCUGCACCUGCACCUGCACGCACCCCUGCAGGGCGAGGGAUGUCCCUGUCCCACUGCACGGCACGCCCGCUACCUGCUCGAUAAAAGUUGCGCAAGCAAAGGUCAGUUGCUCUCGCCAUUAACGCUCCCAAAAACCUCGGUUUACGCCAUCCGCUCCUCCUCCAUUUAGUUCGAUUGGUCGCCUCAGCAGAGCGAGCCAUUGCCGUGCCUCUCUCGUGCGGUGCUCCUCCUCCUACUCUUCCUGCUCCCGUUUUGGCCGAAACUUUUUGGCAACAUAUCUCGUCGAGGGCCUUGGAGCCACCUGCUUGUCCGUUGCGGCGUCGUCACUGGCUGUAGCAAAAGUUUCAAUCUUGGAGGUAUCCGUUUGCUCCUCCUUGUCCACAUUCAUCUCACCUUGCACUCUUGCGGCGUGGGCGUAAAAAGGAGAUAAACUUUCGCGGUUCUUGGAGCAAGCUAGCUCGCUAGCUAAGCACACUUCUUAUGUUGGAGGCACGCUCCUGUUGAUUUCUCUCAAGAGCUCAAGUCUUGGAGAGGUGACAGCUGACAAGCAGCAGCAGGGAAGACUCACAGUUUUUUUUUUUCUUGGGCGCUUCAGUCUCCGCUUCUUCUUCUUCUUCUUCUUCUUCUCUCUGCUGCUCACGCUGAACUGGCGGUAGUUUUGGCGGUUUAAUUGGAGAGCUUGGCUGAGAUGGAGAGCCGAGGGAGGCGGCCGCGGAGCCCGGAGAGGCAGAGGCCGGCGGCGAGGAAGGUGCCGGUGGUGUACUACCUCACGCGGAGUCGCCACCUUGAGCAUCCUCACUUCGUCGAGGUGCCUGUCUCCUCGCCGGAGGGGCUCUAUCUCAGAGAUGUGAUUAGCCACCUUAACAUGGUGCGCGGCAAGGGUAUGGCCGCUAUGUACUCGUGGUCCUGCAAGAGGAGCUACAAGAAUGGAUUCGUGUGGCAUGAUCUUGGAGAGGAUGAUCUCGUCCACCCGGCAACCGACGGCGAAUAUGUGCUCAAGGGCUCCGAGCUCUUGGACCAGUCUUCUUCAGGCCAAUUUUAUCAGGGUACCAAUGGAAACCAAAAGCAACAGAGCAGGCUGAAAGAGGGUGCACGGCUGCCUUUGCCUAGAGAGGCUUCCUAUUCCUCCUCCCCUCCUAGUGUGAUAGUUAGAGAAGCCAAGCCGAGGCGUUCGCCUUCGGUUCCUUCUCUAGAAGAGGAUGACUCACCAGUGCAAUGCAGAGUUACCUCCUUGGAGAACAUGUCGCCAGAGUCGGAGCCUCAAAGAACUCUCUUGUCAAGGGCUGGUUCCGCGAGUCCUGCAGAAUUCAGAGUUUACAAGCCCACUGGCUGUGUGGAUGCUGCAACUCAAACUGAUGACCUCGGCAGAAGGUCAGUCCGGAAAGUGCCCGAGAUGCAUAAGAAGAGUUUGAGCACUGAUCAUGACUCCGUAGUCCGGGAAAUUACUGAGUACCGGCAAAGCCAACCACGCCGGUCAGCAGAGCUCCAAGGGAUCGCCAGGGAGGCCAUGUCCCAGUGUCAUACUCCACUGAGCAUACCUUCAUCCCGUGGCAAGUCGGAGAGUUUAGAGUCCUUGAUACGAGCAGAUAACAAUGCAUUGAAUAGUUUUCGGAUUCUUGAAGAGGAUGAUAUCAUUAUGCCAACCUGCCCCAAGCUGAGGCCAGCGAAUGUACUAAUGCAACUUAUCACCUGUGGUUCGCUUUCGGUGAAAGAUCAUGAGAAUAUCAGACUUGUUGAAGGAUACAAGCCAAGGUUCCCAAACAUGAAGUUCCCGUCACCGUUAAUUUCUCGUACCAUGAUGAUGGGUGAGCUUGAUUACCUGUCAGAGAAUCCCAGAUUGAUGGGUAUGCGUCUGGAAGACAAGGAAUACUUUAGUGGGAGCCUUAUCGAAACUAAGAUGCAAAGAGAUGUACCCGCUGACAGAUAUUCAGCGCUUAAACGUUCUUCUUCCUACAAUGCGGAAAGGAGCAACGAGACGCUAGAUUGCGCGAGACCUGACGAAGACACCGUCAACACAUCUCGCGCAAGGUGCCUCCCUCGGACGCCGAUACUGUCAUCCUUCCUGCACCCCAAGAGCGAGGCAAUGAAGUCACCGAUCUCCGACUGCCGGAGGAGCUCGUCGGCCGGACCAGACUGCAGCCUUGCUUCAUCAGGAGACGGCAGCAAGAGGUUCAUUGACGCCACAGGAGCACCGGGCAGCAGGAUAGACUCUUUCAGGAAGGAGGAGAAGCUCGUCAAGAUCGAAGAAAGUUAAGUGCUAGUGGCCUCUCUUAACCCUCCCCAACUCUUUGUCAUUGCUGGGCUGUCGUCAGGAGCUCGAGUCGUGAUUCAGUACACGGUGCCCUGCAAUGGCGACAGCGAUGAAGGCUGAGCUUGCACCCAUGAUCAGCGUUGAGUUAUUCAUAUAGGCUCUGUUGAUAGAGAGAGAUCAAGUUACUGACGAAAUGAAAUGCCUCUCGUUUCUUUCUUCAGAUUGAGAUGUUAAGUUUGGAAUUAUUUUUCAAGCAUUCAGUUAGCCUAGAGUAUUCUUCUCUCUUCUUCCUAUCUUUACGUUAUUAUCAAAAUCUCUUCUCCUUAUCAUCUGUAAGUGCCUUUAAAUUAAUUAUAGAGUAUAAUGUAUUGUUCGUUUUGUAUUUUGCUUCUGUCCUUAAAUCAAGAGAGAGUAGUGAUCUUCAUCA